UUUCGUAAACAGCUGAUUGCGUAUUUUCAUUAGGACGAAAAUAACGGACAUGGAGACAUGUCGACUGAGCGACUUCAUUACGUGGCGAGAGGAAGGAAAAAUUGGUAGUUUAAGUUCUACUGAGUUAACCGUAGAUAAUAUGGAUCCAUUUAAAAAGACCGAAUACGCAUGAGUAACCAGUUGUGAAAUCUGUUGAGCUGUGGUUAACAGCUCGGGGCAAAAUGAGUAUGUCAUUGUCGUGCGAAAACAUUGCAAAUAAACAACCGAUAAGGCGACUAGAGAUCCCUAUUAAUAAGUUCAACGACGUCGCAAUACCCCAUCACCUGGAUCUUCUGAAUAGGCAUAAAUGCAAUAUUAAAAAGUAUCGGCAAGCGCAAGAAUGGGACCGUGUGUACAAAGAGCAAGUGAAUACUUCACGGCUGGUACUUCAACUGAAACAGUUACUAUACGAGAUAGACAUGUUAAGGAGCCAAGUGUUAGAUAGUGACAUCGAUAAAUUUGACAAACUCACGGCAACCUCCAGACAGAGUGUCAUUACAGCUAUCGAAGAAUGCUUAGAACUGGAAUUCGAUCUGCCUCUUAGGAGACAGCUUUCAACCGAAGAUGAAGAUCAAUCCACAGAGGAUCCACUUGAUAACCGCAGCAUCCAAUUGGAAGCAGAAAAGGAAAAACUGGAGAGGGAAGAGGCCUGUCUGCAUACCUGGAAUUCUCUGCAACAUGACAUGCAGGAAUUACACGAACUUUACAUUGAAUUCAAUAAGGUUGUAAUGGAUCAAAAGAAGCAAGUUGACGAUAUAGAAGACAACGUUGAGGUUGCAGCUGAAAAUGUAACAGAGGGAGAAAAAAUAUUAAAAAAAGCAUCAAAGUAUAAAAUGACUGUCUACCCAGUGACUGGAGCUCUUAUUGCAACCUGCAUCGGUGGCCCAAUAGGUUUAAUAGCUGGGUUAAAAAUAGGAAGCCUUGCCGCAGUUGGCUUAGGAAUACUAGGAUUCACUGGAGGUACUCUAAUUAAAAAAAAAUUAGAUCCUUCGAUAACGGAGGAGAAAAACACGGAUACAUCACACAUCCAAGGACAAAGCCUGAAGAAAGAAUCCCCAGCGAGAGGUUUGAAAGAGUCAAAAAAAUACUCAUGACAUUUGGCAAAAACAGAACUUAAAUUGGCUAAGAAGGAUUCAUGUAAUGCUCUGUAAUGGUGGAUUGAAAUUAAUUUUUCAACUUUCCACCCUAAUAUCAGCAGAAUAAAGAAACAAAUGUGAUGUCUAAUCUAUAUAACGUGUACAUAUAUUGCUACUUCUUAAUAAAAUCAUUUUGGAUGCA